AUGCGUCUACACUCUCUGAAAGAGCUCGACGACUCGGAGGGAAAUGUUCGUCUGCAUAACGACAAAGAUAUCGCUGUCAUCUUGUAUCCUGCCCCUUCGCCUACCGACCCUAAUGACCCGCUUCGAUGGCCUCUAUGGAGGAAACAUGUCGCCUUUGGCAGUGUAUGCGCUUUUGCAUUCUUGUCGAACUAUGCCAUUGGAGGUCUGGCCCCAGCUUUCUACAUUCUAAGUCUGGAGUUUGGAAAGUCGCAACAUCAGACUAGCGAGCUACUCCUCUGGCCCGUCCUUGUAUUCGGGGUCUUUAACUUCCUCUGGGUGCCUCUAGCGAACUAUUAUGGCAAACGACCCAUCUUUGUAUUUUGUACUCUUCUUCUGUGCGUAUGCUACAUUUGGGGUGCGACUGCACAGAGUUUUGAGAGUUUGCUCUGGUCCAACAUUGUCGGUGCAUUUGGAGGCAGUGCAUCCGAAGCUGUGGCUGCGUCGAUGGUGAAUGAUCUGUACUUUCUGCAUGAGCGUGCUGGCAAGAUGAGUUGCNCAUUGAUCUGUGGCUUUGUGGUCCAAGGCUUGAGCUGGCGUUGGCACAAGAUCAUCGCGGCCAUUCUUGUCGGCAUAAAUUUCCUCGUCGUGGUCUUUUUGUGCCCUGAGACCAGAUUCGACCGCGCAGGACACGGACUCGCGGAACCUCUCACACCUUCAAGAACAGCCAGCGAUGCCAACACUCUCGAGAAGACAAUCUCGAACCCAGAGCAACAGCCAGUGCAUCGUCCAUCAGAUACUUCGGAUACUACACCUGUGGACACGGUUCCCAAGAAAUCAUGGUCCCAACAACUCAAGCUCUGGUCGCCUUUGCCUAACAAUCUCUCGCUGUUUGAGCUUUUCUUGCGCCCGUGGCCAUUGAUCGUAUACCCUGAGGUCAUCUUUUCCACUUUGGCGACGGCAUUCGCGCUUGCCUGGGUGGUAGGUAUCAACAUCCUGAAUUCGUUCGUCCUCCAGGCACCGCCCUACUCCUGGUCGCCUGCUGUGAACGGCCUUAUCAACAUCCCUGGCUUACUAGGAAAUAUUUGUGGUGCUCUUGUAGGCGGACCGCUGGUUGAUUGGUACUCUGAUUGGCGUGCUAGAAAGAAUGGCGGUGUCUUUCAGCCAGAGUCGAGGUUGACACUGUUGAUCUUUCCGGCUGUCAUGGUACCUGCAGGGUGUUUGGCUUUCGGAUAUGGUGUUCAAGACAAGUUGCACUGGACCAGUAUGUUCUUUGGAUAUGGCAUGGUUGCAACGGGCUUGACGACGAUACCUUGUAUCACCAUGACCUAUAUUUCGGAUUGUGUAAGUCUUCUUGUCAUUCUCCUCUCCCACUCUGAGGCGUGUUGCGAUGGAUGCAGAAGAGCUUGGCUAAUUGAUGUUUUAACAGNNUAUCUUCCGAUUGCUCCUGACGCACUGUUGUUAAUCAACGGGCUGAAGAAUGUUGCAGCGUUCGGCUUCCUGUAUGCCAUCACGCCUUGGGUAUUCAAGGUUGGAUAUGCAGAGUGUUAUGGUGAGCAGGCCGCUAUAGCAGUGGGAAUACUGUUGUUUGCCAUUCCGCUCAGCAUUUUCGGUGCCAGGAUGCGCCAUCGUACUGCACAAUGGCGUAUAAUUCUUUGA